AUGAGUUCGGCUGGACAAUCACAAUAUACCGAAGGAGACGUAAGCAAUGGUUGGCAACUGCAAGGCGGCCGUUGGGUUCCUUACGAAGCACCUGUCGUCGACGCAGCUUCACCGAGCGCAGGGAUACUCGCUAUCGCUUCCAGAGCCCCAUCCCAAGUCGCAUCUCCUGGGGGAUCGCAAGGUGAUCAAACAAGAUCAAGUAGGGGCCAUUCGAGAAGUACUUCCGGUGCCAGUGCUGUGGAGCUGAACAGACGAUUUGCAAGACCGAUGAUGUGGGAUAGCGAGCGGUAUCCCAAUGGGACUUAUCUCAUUACUAUCGAUUACGAAGCGGAACACACUGGUAAUGAUGAAGAAUCUCAACUUCGAUUGUACGUUAAUGAUCCUAGAAACUCGAGUCACCGAGAUACCUGGUUGCAACAAUCUGAAACUUAUGGGGGAUGGGAUCAGUCUACCAAUAGAAGAAUGGAUCUAACGCAAGCUGUCGAAACUCAACUUCAACCUAUGUACGAAGACUUCGUAGAUCGGAUUGUCGAUAGUGCUCGAACAGCUUUGAACAGUUUUUACAACUUGAGACAGCGAGGUGAGAUCUGA